AUGCGUCCUAUUAUUCCUUCUUCUUUUUCCAAUCCUUUCUCUUCUUCUUCCUCCCAACCCACUGAAAGAUCAUCAACAACAAGUGCAUUUACCUCUUCUAGUGGUAAUAACAACAAUAAUAGUGGAAAUCCAUCAAUGACCACAUUACAAGUUUCUCAACCAAAUGCGACAAUCAUGCCGACAGGAACAACUGCUUCGCACACAAUUCUUCCAUUCACUUCAGCGACUUUUUCACAAGGAACAUUCAUUCGAAAUGAUCUUCUUCAAGAGCGACAAAGCACCAAUAAUUCGACAAGUCAAUUCUCUUCUUUGAAUGAGACGUCACAGCAAUAUGUAACUUCUUCAUUUAAGAAUCAAUAUUUGCAUUCAUCCAACAACAUGUUCAACCCGCAUCCAUCGAGCAGUACAGAAAGUACGAACAGAAGCUGCAACAAUGAAAAGACGACAAUCUUUCAAAAUUACAUUCCCAUGUUAAGGUUAGAUUUAUUGGAUGUACUUUAUACUUUGCAACAGGAAGGGUAUUCAGUGGAAACAAAUUAUCCACAACAACAACAACUACAUGAACAACAACAACAGCAGCAGCAUCAAUUUCAUCACCAGCAACUUUCUAGUGAGAGCUUUAAUUCCACAAACACUAAUUUUCUUAUCCAAAAAGAUGUUUCAAUCACACAACGGGAAAACAUUUCUCCAAUGGACAUGCGACCGUUUUCUACAUGUUCAUCAUUAUCUACCAGCUUGAGAAAUGACCUCCUCAAGCAGCAUUCUUCUUCGUCACCUGUUCAAUCCAAUCCGCAACAAACUUGUCCCACACAACAACAACUUGUGGUUACAAUCGCACCACCACCUCCAUCAACUCCUCAAUCUUCAAUUCCCAAUAUCACCUUCACAUCUCCCUCCUCUUCGUCCAGUACAAUCAUAUCCUCUUCGCUUAGUGCUUGGUCACAUCCUGGUUCCUCAGCUCAAACUGAGGUUUCCUCGUCAUCUUCUUCUAACAUUCUCAUUACUCACUCCUCCACACAAAAUACGCCACAACAGCCAUUGGCCAUUGUUGAAUUGCAACAACCACAAACAAAAUCUUUUGUUAUCCACGAAAACGAAUACGAGAAGAAAAAAGUACCGAAAAUGAAAAAAGCCAAGUCAGAAAGUUAUACCAAUCAAAAAAAGAUGGAAUUCAAAAUGGAACUGAAUAGCAAAGAAAGAAAAGCAAACGUGGCAAGCAAUAGAUUUAUUCAAGUCGUAGAAAAAGCAGAAGAAGAAACAAGCUCUUUUUCUUCAAGCGGUAGAAGAACGUCUGCCUCCUCUUCCAACUCUUCUCCCCUUUCACCGAGUUCAAAAGUUUCAAGGCCAUGA